UCUGCAUAAUAUUAACAUGUUAUUACCAGAGGUGUUUUAGAUAUUGAUCCUGUAUCCACUGGUAGUUAAACUCACUCCCUCACCUCACAGGUCCCUACCUGCUUUUCUAAUUUACUAAACACAAGAGACAGGAAAAUUUGUAAAAAUGCCCAAGAGGAAGUCACCUGAGGGAGCAGAGGCCAAAGACGCCACCAAAGUUACAAAGCAUGAGCCCACUCGGAGGUCAGAGCGUCUUUCCUCAAAACCAGCUCCACCUAAAGCUGAACCAAAAGCCAAAAAGCCAGCUGCCAAGCCAUCCAAUGACAAAGCAGUAAAGGAGAAGAAGGGCGGAGCCAAAGGAAAGAAAGAGGAGAAAGAUUCUGCGCCCACUGCUAAUGGAGAGACCAAGCCAGAGGAGGAAACUGAGACGCCCAAGACUGAGGCCGAGGGAAAAGAGUGAUUGAAGUUGUUUUCUGGAAUAACAGAACUUUUUUUUUUUAUUCCUAUCGAGUAUUUUGUAAAACGCAAACUUUUUUUUAGACUUCCCGUACUAGAUUUCCUUAGCUAAAAGUUCACUUACACUCCCUGCAGAAGCACCGUCUCCUCCUCCUCCUCUAUCUGACAGAAGCAGAGAUUCAAUUCAAGGAAAAGCAACAGUUAUUCUUGAACAAAAAAUUUUCACCAGCAGCUCGCCUGCCAAAUGCAGCCACUUGGAACAUGUCAUAUCCUAUCAUGUUAAAAGCAUCCGGAUCAUCGUUUUCCACUAGAGAGCAUAGCCUGCGCUUCACGGUUAAGGAUUUACGGCUCUGUCUUUGAGUCUUGUUUAACUGAGUAUCUUAUAAAAAGUGGCCGAGAUUUAGAGAAAGGGAGCAAAAAGAUUGGAGUAGUAACCUUUUUUUUUGCUUUGAUUUUUUUGUUAAAAGCUCCUUUGUAGCAUUUUAAGAUUCAAGCGUGUUUUAAAAUGGCUGAAUUAAACAUGACCCUUAACAGUGGCAGAUUUCCAUAGCAAUAAACAAGUGGUGCUUUGUGCUAGAAGGUUAGGAAAAAACUACAAGAUCCGAGUCUCAGACAAAUGUAAAAGUCCACAGAACUGGUUUGGGAUAUACUCUCUGUAAAAUGUUUUCAAAUAAAAAGAUGAACAAACGGUCAA